CCUGCAGAAGGGCACAGUUACCAUUCCCACUGKGCCAACUGGAAACAAGAUGCCCAGAGACCACAGACCUUCUGUGUCCCCACUUUGGCACUGAAGUUACACAACACCAGCCUCUGACAAUCUCAGCCCAGGAGAAACUGGAAGUAGUUCAUCAGUCUCUCAUAACCACGGUCGUGCCGGGUGACAAACAGGUGACAUUUGUACUGUCGGGCAAGAGCGUGCUAGGGAAGGAAAAAGGAGGGGACAGCGCCCAKGAGAAAUGACCAUGGGAAAUCGCCUCUGACCCUCCGGAGGAAAAUGAAACAGAGAAGUAAAAGGACAUUGUUCUAUUAGGGCCACCCUAAAUCCUUUCUGGGAAGGGAAGAAGAGGGACGAACGCAGCUCCUGUUCCGCUUUAACCCUUGAGGCCAGCUGUUGUGUGAGAUGCUGCCGAGUGCUGGUGUUUAUUAUUUCCCGUGGGAGAUCAACAGCUCAGUCCCCGAGGGGAGGACACUGAGGACGUUUGGCAGGUUAUGCUGCUACGACCUGGCCCGAUCUGAAGCCAUUCUCACCACUCAGCACGACUCAGCUCAGUACCAAGUCUGUGUGGACACCAAGUUUGUGGAGCCAUUCCAAGCCCAAGUGGGAUCUUUCUACAUGGUCCUGGGAGAGACUGAACACAGGGAAGAAACCUCCAGUCCUGUGGUAAAAGCGCGAAUAUUGACCUGCGUGGAAGGGAUGAACGUGCCCUUGCUGGAACAAGCCAUACAGGAGCAGAGGAAAUACUUCAACGAGAGGGAGGAGCAGAGGGGAAACGGCACAUCCUGACAGCAGCUCUGAGACCAGCCACACGCUGGUCCUUGCACUGCCAUUUGCAACAAAUAUGUUAAAACUAAAUUAGGAGGUGGGUUUGCUGUGGCGAACAGCAAAGUCACUGAGCAGGGAAACACUUGAAGACUGUGAGUCAGUGUGUGGCUGUGGAUURUCCAUUCCUGCCCCAGGUGUCAUCACUGAAAAUAGCUCUGGGAAGCAGGUUUGUUGUUUGUUUGAAAGGGUGGUUGAGGAAAGGGAGCACUGGAGUUAUACUGGUCCUUUUGUAAUGCACGACCUGUAUAAAUCAGGAGAAGUAGUCUCUGAAUCUGGAGUUAAGCAGCUCAUCUUUGGCAGAUGAGGGUAAAGGGCAUUGGCACGAAGUUCAUUAGCCCUGCUUGGCUGCGGGCCCAUGAGUGUGUGUUGGGGUACCCUGACUCAGCUGCCACACAGGAACAUUCCUGGCAAAACACUCACGUGUCUGGGCUAACCAAAGAAACAAGAACAAAGAAUCUCUGUUUUCAGUAGCACCUGCCUCUUUGGGUAAGAACYAUCCAAGAGGAGGAUUAAUUCUAGCUCUAAGAUAAAUAUUUGCAGUACCCUGACAACCACCACCUGACUUUCUUCCUUGACACAAUUAAAUUUAAGAGACCUUAAAUCGCUGUUUUUGAAAUCUAAAGAUUUUGUYUGAACCUAAAUAAAGAUAAAAAAG